CAGACCGUCGCUGAUGUGAUGAGGAUCGCGCUGACCGCUUUGCUGUCGCCACUCGUCGCCGCUGCUGCGGUCGUCACCAGUCCGGUUGGCGCCCGUGCGCUCGGCAGCCUGACCAUCAGCGAGGCGGGGCUCGGCACACUGAAUCUAGCGCUGGACAAGAAAGAGAAUGACGAGGCUGCUGCCGGCGCGCUGCAGGCGUCCGUCGCCGCCGGGUGCAACUUUGUUGAUACCGCGGAGGCGUACGGGUUUGGCAACAGCGAGCGGCUGACGGCUUGGGCCGCGGCUCGCGCCGGCAUCAAGAUUGGCUGCGGGCCCGGCGAACUGCACGUGGCUACCAAGUUUGCGCCUGUUCCAUGGCGUCCCAACGCCGAGAGUGUGGUGGAGGCGUGCCGAGCCAGCGCUGAGCGGUUGGGUGUCGAGCAGAUCCCUCUCUACCAGAUCCAUUUCCCCGACCUCAUCCAGCCGCUCAAAGCGUUUGGUCUGGAGCGGCGCAAGGACGAGGAGUACUGGGAGGGGUUGGCGAGGUGCUACGAGAUGGGUCUCGCUGCCAAUGUGGGUGUCUGCAACUAUGGGCCAACCUACGUCGCUCGCGUCCACGCCUUCCUCGCAGCGCGUGGGAUCCCGCUCGCGUCCAACCAGAUCAACUACAGCCUGAUGUACCGCAAGUCGGUCGAGGCGACGCUGGCCAAGUGCGCCGAGCUCUCCGUGCCCGUGAUCUCCUACUUUCCGCUAGCGAACGGGCUGCUGAGCGGCCGGUACGACGCCGACAACCUGCCCAAGUUUCCAAAGUCGCUCACGAUGAAGAAGUACGUCGUCGGCGGGGCCGACGGCUUCCCCGAUGGAGGCUACACGCCGCUGCUCCGCGAGCUGCAGCGCAUCGCGGCGGCGCGCGGAAAGUCGGUGCCUCAGGUGUCCAUCAACUACGUGGUCUCGAAGGGAGCAAUCCCGAUCCCGGGCGCGAGGAACGCGGAGAUGGCGGCGGCAAACAUGGGCGCGAUGGGAUGGCGACUAAGCGAGGCGGAGGUGGGCGCGCUGGAGGCGGCAGCGGAUGCGAUCGGGUUCGAGUUCUCCUCGGGCGGCUUCAGGCUGGAAUGAGUUGAAUUUGAUAGGACGGUUGUCCGAACUAAGAAGGGCGAAGGGGAGAAAAUCUCUCUCCGAAGGGGCUGUGGGCCCGAGAGCGAUAUGCCAUGUCUGGCCUUGCUUUGUUUCCUAACAUCGAAGGCUAGCUCAAAAGAAAUUUGAAAG